UUUUGGUGUGUGUUCUCACUGAACAUUCAAAACUGUUUCUCCAAAGGGUUUUGCAAAAACUCAGACUGUUUUCCAAAGCAGAAGCACUGGAGUCCCCAGCAGGAGCAAUGGGCAGUGUGCGGACCAACCGCUACAGCAUUGUCUCUUCAGAAGAAGACGGCAUGAAGUUGGCCACCAUGGCGGUUGCAAAUGGCUUCGGGAAUGGCAAGAGUAAAGUUCAUACUCGACAACAGUGCAGGAGCCGCUUUGUGAAGAAAGAUGGCCACUGUAACGUGCAGUUCAUCAACGUGGGUGAGAAAGGGCAGCGGUACCUUGCAGACAUCUUUACGACAUGCGUGGACAUUCGCUGGCGGUGGAUGUUGGUUAUCUUCUGCCUGGCAUUCGUUCUCUCAUGGCUGUUCUUUGGCUGUGUGUUUUGGUUGAUAGCUCUGCUCCAUGGAGACCUGGAUGCAUCUAAAGAGAGCAAAGCAUGUGUUUCUGAGGUCAACAGCUUCACAGCUGCCUUCCUUUUCUCCAUUGAGACCCAGACGACCAUUGGUUAUGGCUUCAGGUGUGUCACAGAUGAAUGCCCCAUUGCCGUUUUCAUGGUGGUAUUCCAGUCAAUCGUAGGCUGCAUCAUCGACGCCUUUAUCAUUGGUGCAGUCAUGGCAAAGAUGGCAAAGCCAAAGAAGAGGAAUGAGACUCUUGUCUUCAGUCACAAUGCUGUGAUUGCCAUGAGAGAUGGAAAGCUAUGUUUGAUGUGGCGAGUGGGCAAUCUUCGGAAAAGCCACUUGGUGGAAGCUCAUGUCCGGGCCCAGCUUCUCAAAUCCAGAAUCACUUCUGAAGGGGAGUAUAUCCCUUUGGAUCAAAUAGACAUCAAUGUUGGGUUUGACAGUGGAAUUGACCGUAUAUUUCUGGUGUCCCCAAUCACUAUAGUCCAUGAAAUAGAUGAAGACAGUCCUUUAUAUGAUCUGAGUAAACAAGACAUUGACAAUGCAGAUUUUGAAAUUGUUGUAAUACUGGAAGGCAUGGUGGAAGCCACUGCCAUGACAACACAGUGCCGUAGCUCUUAUCUGGCAAAUGAAAUCCUUUGGGGCCACCGCUAUGAGCCUGUACUCUUUGAAGAAAAACACUACUACAAGGUGGACUAUUCCAGGUUCCACAAAACUUAUGAAGUACCCAAUACUCCUCUUUGUAGUGCCAGAGACUUAGCAGAAAAGAAAUACAUCCUCUCAAACGCGAAUUCAUUUUGCUAUGAAAAUGAGGUUGCCCUCACAAGCAAAGAGGAAGAUGACAGCGAAAAUGGAGUUCCAGAGAGCACUAGUACGGACACAUCCCCUGACAUAGACCUUCACAACCAGGCAAGUGUACCUCUAGAACCCAGACCCUUACGGCGAGAAUCGGAGAUAUGACUGACUGAUGCGUUCUCUGGAUUAUUUACUUUACAACACAGUCUGUUGGUCAGAGGCCCAAAACAGUUACACAGACGACGGUACUGAUCAAGAGGUGGGUCAAGGCAAGAAGCCACAAGAGAUUGAGGCUAGCACAAUGGUUUCAAAGGAAGACUGUAAGCGCGAUGGUUAAUGUAAAGCACUAAACAUGCCACCGUGUGACCCGAUGGCACAUAUAUGUUCUAGAAUAAGUUAUGGGUUUUUAUGUUUUGUUUUGUGUUUUUACAAAACUUGAACUUGCAGGCAAGCCUUGGUUGGGUAUUUGACUUAUCCAGAAUGCUUCUUGUUAGGGAACAAGAAUGUUUUUAAUGGCAUAACAAAGGCAAGACUCUGCCUUAAUUUUUGAAAAGCUGCUAACUACAUGAACACAAAUUGUAUUUUUGUUGCAGUGUAGUUUUUCUUUUGUGUAAUUUAAAAGUCAGUGUUGAACUUUGUUGAAAGCUUACGAUGCGCUUCAAAGUGGCAAGUAUUUGGCUAUUAACUGCCAAAAUGAGAGCCUGAUUUUUUGAGGCCAGUAAUUUGUUUGCUAGAAUUGAUUUUUUUUUUUUUCCUCUCUCUCUCUCUUUGGUUACAUAAGGGCAUUAUGUAACACUAGCCAAAUGGUAGCCUCCGGGUUGUUGUCGUUUUUGUUUUUGUUUUUUUUUUCCUCCCUCCAUGAUGUUAAUGGGUUAUCUCAAAUUUUAAGUUAGACUACCUAAGAUAAAUACCAAAGAUAAUGCACAGUUUUGCACAGUGGAGCUUAUGCUUAAAAAGAAACAGUGCCCCAUGGGCUGCCUUGAAAUGGAGAGACGGUAACUUUGAACCUCAGCAAGACCUUGAACAGUCUGCUCACUUCGUAUCUUAGUCAAUAGAGCAUCAUACGUACAGAACUAGUCAGUGUAGUGCAUUUUUCAUUUUAAAUUUUGUUCUUUCAUGAAACGUUUUUGUUUGAAGAGGACGAGGAAGAAGAAAAAGGAAGUAAAAUUCACAUGAACUCAAUAUCACUAAUUUUUCCUUCCUGCUAGGUAAUGCUGGCCAGGGUAAUGCACAAAUUGAGAGCCAUUGAUGUGUUCUUAGAUUUUUUUCCCUGGGCUUUCCCUUUUUGCACAUUCCAAAAUGUAUUCCAAAGAUAAGAUCUUGGUUGAACUUUGUCAACAUCCUGACAUCUUCAAAACUGAGCCACCCAGCAUGAAAAAUUAAGAGGCUUAAUCCUUGCGAUUGAAGCCAUUGCCUUGACUCUCAGGACAUUUCCAGCAUGACUUCACCUUAGAACAGAUGCCAUGCCUGGUUCUACAUGGGUUCUUUUGAUCUGUGAGCUCAGAGCAGUUCUGCAGGGUCAUCGAGGACCAUAGAUGCCAAAGUGGGAAAGCAGGGAGGUAUGGAUCAGCCUCUUCGAUGUAGUGCAUCAGCUCAAGCCAUUCAGGAGAGGAAAGUUGCCUUUUUUUAUGGUAGAGGACAGUAAUAAAAAUGUCUCAAUGUUUUAGAGACAAAGAGAAUCAUAAAAAUAUAACACCAUCACAAGUAAAGGAGACGCUGGUCUAACAGGAUCAUUUCCCCAUUACAUGUGCACAUUCAUGGUUACGUGAUAGCUGGCCAUUGUCUCCUGUGGAGCCCGAGAACAGGUUACUAAGGACACAUUGUUUUCUAGAAGCAUCUCCUGCCUGGCUGCCUGCCUUGCUAGAAACUUUAUUUUUGUUUUUAGAAACUUUUUUUUUCCACUUUAGCUCAAGAAUGGAAUUCUUUUAAUUUUUUUCUUUCCUUUAUUUGUGAAUUCUGGGGUGACUGACUUUAAUUGGAGUCUUAAAAUCAACUCUCUUAUGGUAUUAUAUCCCUGUAUGCCAUUAAAAAACAGCUUGUUCUAGAAUCAUAUAUUUUGUACGUUGAUGUUCGUGAUGGUCUCUGGUUCUUGAACAGCCAUAUCUGAAUGCAGUGCCUGCACAAAUUUGACAGUUUUUUUUUUUUUGCUGUUUUCAGCCUUCAAAUUUGAUGGGUUUGGAAACCGUGGUGUUAUUUUGAUGGAAACCAAGAAAGAGAUGUUAAAAUGGAUAUUAUUGUAAAUCCACACUGAAAGGCAGGUUUGGGAAGUUGUUUGAAGAGUGGGAAGAAUUGGAGAUUUAUUGGACAAGAGAACUUGCAGAGAGGCAAUAAUUUGGCUGUUGACAGUGAGAGGGUAUUGAGGGCUUCAGCUGCUGCUAUUAUGAUGUUUUGCAAAGGAAAAUAAUUAAACCAAAGAGUAUUCAGUGAUAUGUAAAUUAAAUGAAGAUGCAGUGGAGAUUGGGGGUGAUCACAAAGGAGGCUCCUCCCAAACACACAGUGCUGCCACUUAAAAAGACUUGAGAUAUUUGACAGGGGUGGGUGUGGGGGUAAGAAAGGAGGGGAACCUUUCAACUUAUUUCUGAAAAAGAGAAAAAAAAUCUAAAAUUUCUGGUGCACAGGUUUGUUUGUUUGUUUGUUUUUUUCCAAGAAAAUUUUGCAGAAGCUAUGUUUUUAAAGUGUACAUUUUAUAAAGUUUAUCAGAUAUUUUCAUAUUUAAAGCCAAAUGUAAAUAGAAGUCUGUAAAGGAAAAAAAAAUUGCCGUAGAAAGUAUAAUUUUAGUGCAGCAAUUUCUGAAAGCUAGUACCUAUAUGCUACCGGUUAGCAUGGUUUUAGCGAAUAUUUACCGGCCUUAUAAGGUUCGUAUUGCUAUGUUCUUCUGUUAUUUAUUUCAGCAUGGACUGUUCAUUUGAAAGCUUUUUCUAGUUAUUAGCAUUUUAACAGUUACAAACUUUAAAUGGCAAUUAUUAUUAUUAUUAUUUGUCAAGAGCCAAGACACAGGUAAUGCACGACAUGUAUUGCUGCAUUUUACCUUCAAAAUAUUUGCCCUUAUUGACUGGGUCUCCUUAACUAGUGCACACAUGUCAUUAGAAUGCAGAU